AUGGGCUAUUUAUUGACAAUUUCGUGUUAUCUGCUCUCAUUUUCGGCGUCGUUGGUCAUUUUCGUCGCGUUCAUUCUUCAUGAUCCCGUCCGCAUAAUUUUGUUCUUUUUGGGCGCGUUCUUCUGGCUCCUCUCAUUACUGCUGUCGUCGGUAUUCUGGUUUGCGCUCUCGCCGAUUUUCAGCGAUCCGUUCCAUCCGACAUUGUUGCUCAGCAUCAUUUUUCAAGAAGUCGCGCGAGUCGCCUAUUUUUGGGUGCUGAAAAAAGCGCAAAACGGUCUCAACAAAAUCACGCGUCAAACGAACUAUUCGAUGGCGUCGGGAGUUUCGGGCCUUCAGAAUUCGCGACAUAUGCUCGCGUUGGUGUGCGGACUCGGUAUGGGCGUUACGUCGGCGCUUUUCUUCGUUAUGAACGCGUUCGCCACAUUUGCCGGUCCCGGCUCGAUUGGAUUGCCGGAAGCGUUGGAGAAAGGCACAGCUGACGUGAAUCGCGCCGGAAAAAUGCUGCCGUUGUUCCUGUCGCUUUCCGCACUUCUUCUGACAUUAUUCCAUGUCACAUGGACAAUUAUGAUUUGGGACACUUGCCACAAAAUUGGACGAUCGACGACGGUUUUUAAUCCGGCAAUUGUAGCAAUUGGAUCGCAUUUCUUGAUUGUCGGCAUUAGCGCGUUCAGCUCUCAUGGCUUCUACGCGUUCACACUUUUCCUUCAAUCGCUCAUCCUCCUCGUCACAAUCGUCUAUUGUCAUGUGAUUCUCGGCGGAACUGUCAAAAAUUUUGCACUCUGUGUCACCGAUGCUGUUCAAGACGCGCUCACGCUGAGAUUCGUUCGAUCUCGUUUCGGCCUAUGCUCGCGCGGCGCAAUUCGAGUGCCCGAUGAGCCGCUCACCGAAAGAAAUGCGAUUCGGAGUUGA